AUGGAUGAAGAAGUCAUCAAAGAAGUUCUCGAAGAAAUAGUAAACUACACCGAAGCUGCAAAUCUUUCGAAUAUUGAUGAAAACAGUUUGGAUUCGUUUCAAAAUGCACGAGGAGAUCAGUCUGAUGAGAUUAUUGAUUUGGAUGAUGAUUCAGAGGUUCAAAUAGAAAGUGAAAGUUCUGAAGUUGUUGAGAUGUCGAUGGCAGCAAACAACACAGAAAAUAUUAGAAUUGUUGAAUCGACAAACGCAAUUGAGGUUGGGCAUUUUGAAAAACUUUAGCUUUUCUCUCUCCUGAAGCUGAAACGCAAGACGAAUACUACAAAAUUUUUACAGGAAGUCGUAUUGGAUGAUGAAGAUGAUGACGAUGAUGACAUUAUAAUAACUAAAGCAGCGACAGAAGAAGAGAAGAGUAAAUUACGAGUUGAUCGGAUAGACAAAUUAUUAUCGUGAGUAUCUAUACAAAAUAACAUUUUCAAUUCAAGAAUCCCUUUUUCAGAUGGUUCAUUCGUUUGAAACCAGAACUCAUCGAAAAUUGCGAAAUAUUUCGAGCAGAUUAUUUGACAAGUUCAAUUAUGCCUUCUAUAGUUAUUGAAAUGGAAUCUUCAAUAAAAUAUCUUGAAUGUUAUAAAAAAUGUGAGGAUUUGGACAAAGUUGUUGAAGAAUUCGAUCUUCCUUCAGUUCAUCAUGCUCUUAUGGGAAUUUGUGUAGCAACUUUGGAAAGUGAGUCUUCAAAACCCAUCGAAAAAUACUUUCUCUGCUUUUUUUCCCCAUCUGUUUUCCUCUCUUUCUCUUCUACACUUUUCUCUCAUAGUUUCUGACAACCUUUGAUAGCUCAGGCGGUAGAGUGUUUGUUUGCCGUUCACAAGGUCGCAGUUCGAUGCCUUGCCCGGUCUUUGCCCCGGAUCAACUUUCAAUAGUUGUGACGGUUUCCGACUUGGGAAAAGUGUUUGUGAGAUGUUGGAAUGGAUAAGAUUCAAUGAUCUGUCUUUCUGACAUCACUCGUACAUUUUUAUAUUUUUUCUUUGCAUAUGAAUUCAUGAUUUGUUUUAAAAAUUUGAUUUGAAACUGUUUUUUUCAGAGAAUAAUGAGGAUAAUAUCGAUUUUGGACCACUUUGUUACGAUCGGCUUGAUUUAUGGGCAUAUAGAGAGAUUCGAAGAUUUCUUGAUUUUGCUGAUACUGGAGUCGAAGAAGGCACAACUCAUGGACCAUUAGAACUAAUGAAAUUGAUCUACGCGCCUCCAUCUUUUGUAUUUUUGGGUUUAACUCUUCAUUGGUUAAACGAAAGUUCGAUACCUGUAAAUCUCGAGUUUAUGGAAAUCGAAACAUAUACUUGCACUUUAAAAGAAUUGGAAGAAUUUGAAAAUUUAGUUGUGAAAACUUCGAAACAAUAUUGGCAGAAAAAUCAAGAAAUUCACGAAGAAAAUGGGAAAAUAACCGGGUCAGUUAGAUCUAACAAAAGGAUCCCGAAAUCUAAAAUAAAAUAUUGCAGAAUCUUGGAUGAAGCUUUUCAUGAUUUGGAAGCAACUGAAAAAGCGAUUCGAGAAGAUAUGGAUCGAGUACUUCAAGUGAAAAAUGAACUAUUGUCUUGUAAAAUGGAUGAUAUUCGCGAUGAAAUCUCAAAAAUUGAACCGCCUGAAACAUUGGAUUUAUUGAGUAACGAAGAACGUGAAAAAGUGCAACAAUUAAUCGAUUCAAUGGAUGCAACAAAAGAAAUGAUUGAUAAGAAGAAUUCGGAAAUUGCUGAAAUCAGAGAAUCUGCAAAAACAUUACACGAAGCACUUGUUUUAUGGCCAGGAGAUUAUUGUUUAGCAAGAGCCGAUGCUAAUGAUAAUCAAUAUUUACAAUUAGCUAUUGUUGAAAAUCAGGUUAGAAUUUGAAAAAAAAAUAAUUUGCUGUAUUUAUUCAGAAAAAAUUCAUUAGGAUUCAUAUACGUUUAGAAUCGCUGAUAUUCAAUAAAUCAGAAAAAUCUCAAAAAAUUUUAAAUUAGACGAAUUUAAAUUUCUAGCCUCAGAAUUUCUGAUAAAUUAGCCCUAAUACACUUAUCAUAUUUUGCAGCCUUCAUCAGUUUGUUAUCGCUUGAAAUUUGUUCGUAGUUCAGUAUCCGAAACUGUAAAUAUCAAAGAUAUUGCAUUUAUCAAAUUUGGAAUGAUGGAUGCUUUAGUUAUAAAUACAUGUUAUGUUGGUCUACGAGUUGCUUGUUUAUGCAAAGAAUCGGCAAAAUCUGAAGUAUAUCGAUGGUAUUCGGGAACAAUUGGAGGAAGAUCUGCAUCACAUGGCGAUGAAUUUCUUGUAUUUUUAGAUAGAGGAGAUGAUAUUUAUUUGAAUGCUCCCUAUAGUGCUAUUUCCAAAGAAUCUAUUGCUAUUUAUGAGGUAUUUGUUUUUCUGAUAUAAAAAUGUGCAUAUUCAAAUUUUGCAGCUACCCACCGAUACAAAUAAUGUUGAAGUUGUCAAAAAACGUAUUUCUCUGUUGAAAAUGGUUCCGAUGAUUUCACAAAGUUUCAACGAAAAUGCUCAACUCGAUCGAUUGAAGGUUCAUGAGCAAUUGAGAGAUCGGAUUAGAGCGCAUUUUUUGGAAAAGUUUAUGGAAAAGUAUCCCGAAUGGCCACUUUUGAGACUUGCGAUUGGAAAAGUUUUGCAGGUGAGGGGUUUGGAAGGGGAGAGGGGGAUACCUAGGUUAGGAAUUUGUAGAAGUCAAAAUUUUGCUUUGAAUUGGAUGAAAAUGUACAUAUUUUUUCGAAGAAAUAUUUCUGAAAGUUCUAAACACUGAAGAAAGAUUGAAAUAUUUAAAAGGUGUCUUUGCAAUGCUAUAACUUCUUAAUGGCUUUCAAAUUUUAUCAGGAAAUUCUCGGAUUUCAGAAACCCCUUAUACAGUAUUCAGAGCCUGAAAUUACGAAGCAAAAUUUAACGGCGAAAUAGUCCAAAAACUUUCAACAUUUGGGUUAUCAUAUGUUUUUUGGGCUAAAUUUUCAUGCUACAUUUCUAACCAUGAUUUUAAAAUUAAAAUAUAUAUACUUUCUUCUACUUCAAAAUAUUCCUAUCAUUCAAUUAAUUUUCUUUUUGCAGAUAUAUUAUCCUUCACUCGAUCGCCGACACAAAAAUAUGGUAACAGUCGUCCAUACAGAUCGUGGUUUUUGUAUAGUUCGACAUCAACAAUCAAUUUCUUCAAUCGGCUACGGAUGUAUUGAUUAUCCUUGUCUUCAAGAAGGACAUUCACACACUGAUGAAUCGAUUUAUCGAGGAAGUUAUCGAAUUCCCGAAGUUUAUCAAUUUAAUGGAAAAGGAACUGAGAACAAUAAUAUAUCGAAAAGAUCAAUGGAUAAAGUAUUGCGACAAUUUGAUAAUGCUGAACCAAGAAAACGAAUGCCGCAAGUUGAAAGAUUGGAUUAUGAAGCUAUUAAUAUGUUGGACACUGCAAAUUAUUCGGAAAAUAAGAAAACGAAGAAAAUGAGCAAUUCUGAGAUUGCUGAUAGGAGAAAGAAACAAACUAUGGUAAAUUAAUUAAUUAUUUAUGACGUGAAACGUGAAAUUGUGUUAUUUUCAGAUUUUGAAACGAAGAAAUGAGACGCCGGAAUUAAAAGCAUUGAAAGAUUUGAAAUUUCAUGAAAAAUGUGGACCAGAAUGUCUUCAAAAUAUGGAUUCAGAUCCUUAUAAUUCGAGAUUUUAUGAAUGUUCACCACUUCAUAUUCCACUUUUAUGCGGAUGGCGGAGAUAUGUUAGUUUAGAGUGUAUUUUUCUCUAAUUUUUCUCUAAUGAUUUUUUUUUUCAGAAAUUCACUCUUCGAGUGUUCAAAAGAAGAACAACAACACGGAGAACUAUUUUAUAUUAUGCGCCGUGUGGAAAACCAUUGACAACAUUGAGAGAAAUUGGAGAAUAUUUGACCGAAACGAGAAGUAUGGUUACUAUUGAUUGUUUUUCGUUUGAUUUGGAUGUUGAUACCGAAAUAUUUAUUUAUGUGAGUUUUUCUAUGCGCAGAAUCUCAGGUUUUGAAUAACAUUUUGUUGGCGCCGCUUUUGUUUGUGCAGUUCUCGAGGAUUUCUCCAAAAAAUCCGAACAUUUGGAGUUUAUAUCCGAUAAAAAUUAAUUUUUCAAAGUUCCACAAAGCCUUUUCCACGUGGAUUUUUGACGCGAAAAUUCGAUCUCCACUAAAAAAUCCAAAAUCAUUUUGCCACGUGGAUGUUUUUCCCAUCAACUCCCAAAACAAGUUUUUUUUUCAGGUCGAUCCGAAAUAUAUAAAAACAGCUGAUUAUACAAAUGGAUUAGAAGGUAUUCCAAUCCCAGCCGUUAACACAAUUGACAACGAAGAUCCGCCACAAAUCGAAUACACGAAAAGACGUUUUCAAUAUGAUGCAACUGUUGAUAUACAUUCGAUUCAUCGAGAUUUUUGUUCGGGUUGCACUUGUCAAGGUUUGGAAUUUUUUCUAAAAGUUUCUGAGCGAAUCGAAAUUUUAUAGGAAAUUGCACGGACUCACCAAGUUGUGAAUGUCAAAAAUUAACAAUGGAUUCGUAUAAUCGAUUACCCAAAAUGCUUCAAUAUCCAAACAAAAAGUUUCAAGGAUUGUGAGUUUUUUUUUGAGAUUUUGAUUAGCGCUGGCAGUUUCAAUCAAUAUUUUUUCAGGUAUGAUUAUCGACUUUUGUCUGCCAAAGUUUCUAGUGGAAUUUAUGAAUGCAAUGAUCAAUGUUCGUGUAGAAAAACGUGUCAUAAUCGAGUUGUUCAAAAUAAUAUCAAAUAUCCGAUGCAGGUAAGUGUUUCCCUUAAAAAUGAAUCUGAAAUUGCGAUUUUCAGCUAUUCAAAACCGCUCAAUCUGGAUGGGGUGUUCGUGCUUUGACUGACAUUCCAAAAGGCGCAUUUUUGUGUAAUUAUGUUGGAGCAUUGUUGACAAAUGAUUUGGCUGAUCAAUUACAGAAUGAAGAUCAAUAUUUUGCGGAUUUGGAUUUGAAAGAUGUUGUAAGUUAUUUUCUUGAAAGGUUUUUCUCAAACUUCAAUAAAUAAUUAAGGUAGAAAAAGAGAAAAUGAUGGUUGAUAACGAAGGAGAUCAUGGAUUCGAAGAUGAUGAGGAUUAUGAAGAUUUUGAAGAGGAAGAAGAAGGUGAAAGUGAGAAUGUUGCUGAUGAUGGAUUAGGAAACUCAGAUGAAGGAGCGAGUAUGAGUUCGGAAGAUGCGAAUUUGAGAAGAUCGAAUCGGCAGACUGCUAAGAAGCAAAGAGAAAAAUCGAAAAAGAAGAUGGAAAAAAUGAAAGAGAGAAAUGAAGAAGAUGCACUGAAUCGAGCAUUCAAAUGGGAUGAUUAUUUCCAAGAUAUGGCACUUUUUGUGGUUGAUGCGAAAGCGAGAGGAAAUAUUGGAAGGUUAGGGGGUUUUAUCGGGUUUUUGGGAUUCGGAUCAUACAUUUAGCCAAAUUUUUCAGUCUUUUGAUAAAUUUGGGAAUUUUCCUGAAUUAUUUGCAGAAAAUUAGCCCAGUUAGGCACUCUCUCCUUUAGAUUUUAGAAAAAAAGUGUUAAGCUCGCCACCCCGAUUCUCGAGACUUAUUUUAUGCAUUUUUAGGCUCACUCUUUGAAAAAUUGCCAAAUUUAAACCCCUUUCCCCGCAUUUUUGAAUGAUUUUUGGAUAAAUCUAACAAUUUUCCGAUUUUUGGUAGAAGUUAAGCUGCUCUCCUCGAUUCUAUGUAUGUUUGGGAUAACUAUUUGAUUGUUUUGCAGAUUCCUCAACCAUUCGUGCGAUCCGAAUGUUCAUGUUCAGCAUGUUUUAUAUGAUACACAUGAUUUGCGGCUUCCUUGGGUUGCGUUUUUCACAGUUAAACCUGUUCGAGCUGGAGAGGUGAGUGUUUUUCGGAGAGAAGAGUAUCCCAGAAAUGAUAUUCCGAAAAUUCUAUGAUUCACAACUCGCCGCACCCCGCCAAAAAUAUAGUUAUGACGUGGCAAAGUUGCCACCACUGCCAUAAAUCGGAGUUUCUGAUCCAAUAUUUUUGAAUUCGGAUUUCACAUUUUUUCAAAAGAUUUGAUAAGUUCAAAACAUUUUAAACGAUUUUUGGAGAAAGUUCCGUUUUGACUUCUGAAAUUGGGAAAAAUUCACAAUUUUUCGGAUAGAAUUUUGAAUUUUGUGUUUUCGAAAAUAUUUGCUCUGAAGUUAAUUACGACAGGCAACUUUGCCACGUCAUAACUAUAUUUUAAGCGAGUUUUUUGUUCCAUAUUUUUCUCCCCGAAUCUUUCCAUUUCAAUGUUUUAUUUUCAGGAACUCUGUUGGGAUUAUAAUUAUACUUUCACAAGAGAUGAUGAUGAAAAAAUUCAAUGCAAUUGUGGAUCCGAUAUUUGUCGAGGUAGAUUAUUGUAAAUAUUCAAAUUUUGUUCUAUUUUUAUUUUUAACAUUUUAUUGAUCUCAUGAAUGUUUUUUGUUAUUUGUUUGUAAUUUUUUCUUUGAAAAACAUCGAAGUUGUGGUCUUCAUGUUUAUAUUUGAAGAUUUCACAUUUAAUUUAACCCCAAAAAUCGAAAUAGUUUAUGAGACGGAUAUUAUUGCAACCAAAAAAUGUUAUCAGAACUGUAUCGCUUCGAAAAUUUGGAGAAGCUUCGAAAUAUGAAAAGAAAAGUGCGAUGGAGCACGUUUUGAUUCGACCCGAUACUUAUAUUGGAGGAAUUGGGAUGAGAGAAAAUGCGGAAAUUUGGAAUUUUGAUCGAAAAAUCCGGAAAAUGCAUAGAACAGUUGGAAAUUAUCCACCGGGUUUGCUCAAAAUUUUCGAUGAAAUUCUUGUGAAUUCGGCGGAUAAUAAAAUUAGAGAUAGAAAUAUGGAUCGACUAGAAGUUACUGUAGAUAGGUUUGUUGAUAUUUUUUUUAAAAGAAAAAUAAGAACUCAUUUUCCCCAAAAGUUCCUUUUUUCUCUCCAAACCUCACCCAAGAACCUGGAGAAGUGGGAAAAAAACUGCCCACCUGGGUUUAUUUUCAAAAUUUGCCCAGCUGAGGCUCGCCUUAAAGACCCUAAAAAAUUUGCCCAGCUGAGGCUCGCCUUAAAUACCCUAAAAAAUUUGCCCAGCCGAGGCUCGCCUUAAAGACCCUAAAAAAUUUGCCCAGCUGAGGCUCGCCUUAAAGACCCUAAAAAAUUUGCCCAACUGAGGCUCGCCUUAAAGACCCUAAAAAAUUUGCCCAGCUGAGGCUCGCCUUAAAGACCCUAAAAAAUUUGCCCAGCUGAGGCUCGCCUUAAAGACCCUAAAAAAUUUGCCCAGCCGAGGCUCGCCUUAAAGACCCUAAAAAAUUUGCCCACCUAGGGUUUUCGAAAAAAAAUUGCCCACCUGGAAUUCCAGGUGUUGGGUGAGGUUUGUUUUCUCUCGCUUCACGAAAAUAAAUAUACUCUAGCCGUCUCUUCUUUUUAAACGUUUUUUGUUCGCAGGCCCAGCGACAGACAAAUAGUGUAGAGGUAGAGUGUUGAGUUUUGAAUCUGAAGGUCGAGAGUUCGACUCCCGCUUUGCCCCAUUACCAAACAGUCGCAUGUGUUUUCUAUAUUGCGAUUGCAUGGAAGUGGGCAUAAAUCGUAUUCCAGGACUGUAUUCCACCCCUUCAAUCAAAAACCUAUGGAUUGCGGGGACUUUACCGCGGACCACACUUUUUUCUUUUUCUUUUGGACCUGGAAAAAUGUUGAGGUCUAUAUUUUCCUCGUGAAAUUAUUCAAAAACACGUGAAAACCUAAAUAUUUUCAGAGAAACGAACCGCAUCAGUGUUUGGAACAAUGGUCGAGGAUUACCGGUCGAAAUUCAUCCAAAAGAAGGAGUUUAUGUGCCAACAUUGGUUUUUGGAAAUUUGUUCACUUCUUCGAAUUAUGAUGAUAAUGAGAUCAAGACUGUUGGUUGGUUUGGAUUUCCUUGUUUUUUGUUUCUCGAGAAAAUAUCAUGAAUAUUCAGGAGGACGAAAUGGUUACGGAGCAAAAUUGUGCAAUAUUUUUUCGAAGGAAUUUAUCGUUGAAACUGUUGAUAAAUCAAGGAAUUUGAAAUUUCGACAAAGAUGGUUUGAAAAUAUGCAGAAAUUUGAUGAGCCAAUUAUCGAAGUUGUAAAUGACACGAAUUUGAAGGAUUAUACAAAGGUAAAAUUUCAUUUUUUGAAAAAAAAAUACACAUAA